CUGUUUUCGGCGUAGUAUGACUCUAUUGCCCUACAGUAGUAUUUACCAAUGUGGCAUAUCGGUUGGACGUUAAUAACGGGCACGGUGUAUGCCUUCGUUGGACAUGGCUCACGUAAUGGAAACCAAAUGUUACCUGGAUAUAACGUUAUAAAGCCUUGGAACAACCAUUGUCGUUUACAGUAUACUCUAGCAGCUGAUGCCAGGCCUUUAACGAGAUAUGCAGUCGACCAACUGGAAAACGAAUAUGUCGGAUUCGAGGCGGAGCCGCCAAGGCCACCGAAAUGCCCUUUACAGGCACAUCUGCUGAGCAAAAGAGUAGUAAAGGCUAUGGUUGAGCACGAUCUAGAGCUCUAUGCAGAGAGAUCUGUUGAUAAAUAUGGUAGACCGGAGCAUAGAAGACAAAAAUGGAAGAUGACGAGGCAUAGACGGAGAUUAGACCCAGUGCUGUUUAGAGUUGGCGAGCGCAUAAAAGGGCGUGUUGCCGUGGCGUUCCCAACAUACGCAUUGGUAGAUGUAGGCGCUACCUCUUAUGGAGUACUUCACGCACGUGAUAUGAGUGAGGGGUGGAUAGAUCGAGUGGAUCACAGCGUGUCGUCUGGUGAGGAUAUUAUUGUUAUAGUAAAAUCCAUAGAUCCUGACUCUGGUUAUAUUAGGCUGUCGCUUCUUGAUUUACCAAAGCUAGAAAGUGUCACGGGUGCUCCUAUUGAAAGAAGACCGUUGCAUUCCUAUAGUGUAGAGGAUACCGUCUCAGGGGUUAUAAGAAGGCGUUCACCGUUUGGAUACUACGUGGAUAUAGGGGCCACUGUGGAUGCAUUUCUCCACGUGAAUGAUCGGAAGUUACCACGAAAGUUCACGGGUGUGGCCAGGCAACCGUUCAGGAUAGGCACAUACAUAAAUACACUUUAUAUAAAAAGUGUAGAUCUAGUGCGUAACAGGAUACAAAUAAGUGAGAAUUCACUGCAAGAAGAGAUGUAUAAACGGUGCGUAACAGGGCAGGAAACGCCAGAACAACAGGCCCUAUAUAGUCCAUUGCAUCAUGAGCCACUGUUAAGCAGGUUAAAUACACGAGACCUAGAGCGCAUGAAGGUUAUAGGUGGUUAUGAUGACCUAUUAUCGGAACUUGGGUGCGGUAGAAAUGCGUCAGUGGAAUAUGUCAAGUACCUGCAAAAUCGCAAAAGAGUUGCUGAACUGGAGAAGCAAAAGGAUAGCGUACUGGAAGAUGCUGAUAACAUGCCACAGUGGAAGUUGAGGCAGGCAACACAGGAAUAUAAUCGGUUAGCCUUGGAAAUAGCUGAGUUGAACAAGGAAUGUAUAGAGCCACCACCACCAGAACGAACUAUAUAUCGUUAUGGAGAUCCUGGAACAUGGCAACCACAGGUUUACACGCCAUUUGAUAAGGAUGACCCUGGUCAAUACUUCAAAAGCAUGAACAGUGAAGUACAAGCUGCAUUAAGAGAUGUACAGGGAGAGAGCUUCGACUUCAAAGGUGCUAUGAUAGAGGAUCUAUCCAGCCCGGAACGACGUGGUGAGCUCAUAGAGGCUCUAUGGGAGCGUUUCCAUGCUCCACCGAGCAAUACCAGCCGCAUAAAGGAUACAGAAUCACGUACUGCAACCAUUGAAGAUGUGGAAGAACUGGCACCGAGCUCUGAGCAACCAGUGUCUAGAACUGAUAUGUCCUAUCCCGAUAAGGUAAUCGCCGAGUUGGAGUCAUAUAACGACAGCGAUGCUGAUGAGUUGGCAUCGAUGAUACGUGCAUCGGAAGGCUUUAAUCCAUUUGCAUCGUCACGUAAAUUAGUGGAUGACGAUAAAAGUGCCCUAAGGGGUGCAUGCGCCAUGGUAAAGGAUGAUAUCACCAAGUGGCCAGCCAUGUUCGACAAACUGUGUGAAGAGGCUGGUGGCGACCCUAUGGCCAUAUGUCUAGAUACACUGUCCAAACGAAAGCUGCCGAAAAACAAAAUGGCAGAACCCAUAAAUACACUGGGUGUUAGUUUACAGCCUGAUGACGAUUUAAGCAAUUUGGAUGACUGCAUAGAUACAACUCCAGAUGCACUUGUGGAUGACCAUUUCCAGGCACCAAUAAUAGAAACAGACUAUCCAGAAGAGAUGUCUGACUAUGAAGACCUAUCGGAUGAAGAAGGUAUGUCGGAUGAAGUCAUAUCGGAUGUAGACAAUUUAGAGGAAUAUAGCUCGGAAGAAGACAUGUCUGACUAUGAGGACUUAUCGGAUGAAUCAUUUUCAGAUUAUGAUGAUUAUUCGGAGGAUUCCAGCCCAAACGAUGACUUUAGUGGACGGCUUUCAAAGUUCAUCAGUCCAAACAAAACCCAAGGUCACACAGAGAUGGUGUCUAUGGAUACCGACAGUUCUACCUGGAACAUGGACUACAAACCGCCCACAGGUCGCCUGGAACCUGUUCGGCAAUUAUAUAUCACACCAAGCACGGAAGAGUAUAUAUCUGACCUCCUACAGGAGGUACGGAAUGCCACAGGCGAGUCUACAGAACAAGCUAAAGAAGAGGCCCCUAAAAUAAAGACGAUACACAAAACAACACGUCAUGUAUACAAACAUAGGAAACGUAAUUUGGAUCCAGUUACACGUCUAUAUAUGAUGACGAAGUUACAGCCGAGACCAUUACCCGAGGAUACUCAUUUGUCAUCAAAUGGUUCUCCUGACAACCCGGUGACCAAUCUAGAUAGCAUGGGUCAUAGUAAUACCACACGAUCAGUGAGUCCACAAGUGGAUAGAUUUGAUGAAAUUCAUGAAACACCGAAGAAGAUGACAGACGAUGAAAUUAGGAAAUUAAAGUCUAUCGCAAAGAGUGUUACCAAUUCUGAUAAAACUAGGAAAACCAUAGGACGUAUGGCUAGGAAACAUUUAUCACCAGAUGAACUAGAAACCUGUAAAAUAAAUGCUGAUGAAAGUGAAUCUAUGGAUGAGUUGGCUACUCUCCUAAGGCAAGGUAGGACUCGUCCACGACUGAAGCCGUAUACCUAUUUCCCAGAAGGCAUAGACAAUGCAGAAAUAGGAAUUGAUAAACGUAGCAUUAACAGGCGUAUACACGAUGCUCAACUAAAGCUGCGUAAGCUUAAACGCAACAAGCGUUUCCUGCACAUGCUGGACAGGCUUGGUAUAGACCCCAAUGAACUAACAUUCGAGAACGUACACGAAUUAUUGCCGCAAGAGAUGGUAACUGCCCGACCCCUGCCCUUGCCACGGCAAAUGGGUUUAGGAGAGUCGAACCUACCUGAUAACACGGGGUAAAUUUAGACAUCUUAACGUAGACUAGAUGGUAACUUAAAGUGUAUUGAACAGUAGAUUAGGCAUUCUCUAUCCAUAUA